UCCUGGGGUAACUGGGGUAACUGGGGGCUGUUCCUGGGGUAACUACAGGGGGCAGGGGGCUGCGGUAGGGUUUUGGGGUCUGGACAAGGGUCGCGGCCGCUCCUCCCACGGCCGCGCUCCUUUGGGGCAUCUCAGCAGCCCGUGCCCUGGGACAAAGCCCCCUCCCCAAACCCCCCCCCUCCAGCGUCCCCUGCGUGGUCUCAGCGGGUUGGGGGGGGCUCUGGGGGGGAGCUUCUGGGGGGAUCCAGGCCCGUUCCGGUGCCGGCAGGGGCACCCAGCUGAGGUUUUCGGGCUCACACGUAAGGAAAUCUUUGUUUUUUUCCACAGAGGCUUUCCGCUUCACGUAGCGUUUCUCACCGCUCGAGCGUUUCGGGGUGGGACGGCGAGCCGAGCAGCGCUGAGUUAAUUCUCUUUUACAGCAUUUUCAGGCUGCUGAGGUCGUCCGGGCGUUAGAGGCACCGACUUCUGCACGUCGAGCCGCCAGGAAGAGCAGCCCGGGAGAAGCGCGAGGUGCCGUUUUGGAGGGAUUUCCUUUGAGAGGAUUACCCUAACGCCACGCCGUCGCCGUGCGAGGAAAACACGCUUAACUGCUGCUGCACGUAACCUGGAGGAGAACACGUUUCUGAUUGAGUCAGUUGUCGUGACCUAGGCGGCUCAGACCUUGCGUUUUUCUCACCAUCUGCCUCUCUUUUGUCACACCCCGUGGACAGUAGAAACCCUGGCAGGGGGUUUCUCCAAAGGUUUUCCCUUUGGAGAGCUGCCUAUCGACCGGUAACCAAAAAUUCCUCUGGCUCCUGGUACAGAGCAAACAGCCACCUGCGGAGGCAGUGACCCACCCCGGCAAGAGGGUGGCGGUGGCUCAGGACUGAAUCUGCUCUUCUCGUUUGAAGGGAGGCCUUUAAUUUCAUUUCUCGGUGGAACUGAGAGCCGCCAGCUCAAGCCCACGUUCAUUUCUCGUGGUUAACAUCAAAGCCUCGGUCCUUUGGCUGGGCUCAGGUGGAUUUUAAGGCAAGAUCCAGCGGUUUGUGCCUGGUGCUGUGUAGGUGGUCGUAAAGAGACCGAGACUGUGCCAGUUUUGUGCAGUCAGUACAAUUCUUGCAAGAUUUUCAGGUCACUGUUUGCUGCAGUUAAAUUCUCUUCCCUGCCCGCUCCUUUGCCCCACGGUGUGAGCGCUUUGUGCCUCCUGAUCUCUCCACCCACUGCCUCCGGGGCGUGAGGGGGGAGAGUUAAGGUGCAGAGGCUGGCACGCGGUUUGGGACGCAAGGUGCUCUUCUCCACAAGAAAUACCGACGCAGGGCAAUCUCUCGUUUCCCUCCUGCCCACAGCUCUGCUCCAGGAGCCCCUUUCCCUCGCCGUUUGCCUGCUGAUGCCCCCGCUGCCCGCCCAGGCGGCGCAAUGAAGAUCGUGGUCGCCAAAGUGCUGUGUCUGCUGGGCAUCUGCGUCCUCAUGCUGGCCGGCUCCCUCCUCCCCGUCAAGAUAAUCGAGGCGGAUUACGAGAAGGCUCAUCGCUCCAAGAAGGUCAUCGCCCUCUGCAAUUCCUUUGGAGGAGGGGUCUUCCUGGCCACCUGCUUCAACGCCUUGCUGCCGGCCGUGAGAGGAAAGCUUGAUGAAGUUCUUAAGCAAGGGAACGUGACCACGGACUACCCUGUGGCUGAGACCAUCAUGAUGGUCGGCUUCUUCGUCACGGUCUUCGUGGAGCAGCUCGUCUUGACCUUCCAGAAGGAAAAGCCCUCCUUCAUAGACCUGGAGACCUUCAACGCCGGUUCGGAUGUCGGGAGCGACUCAGAAUACGAGAGCCCCUUCAUAGCCUCGUCCCGCGGGCGCACGCUGUACGGCGAGCACGGCCAUCACUCCCACGGCCUGAACGUCCAGGAGCUCUCCCGCUCCAGCCCCUUGCGGCUGGUCGGCCUGGUCUUUGCUUUGUGCACGCACUCCAUCUUCGAGGGACUGGCGCUGGGCUUGCAGGAGGAAGGCGGCAAAGUCCUGAGCUUGUUCCUGGGCGUUGCCGUCCACGAGACGCUGGUGGCGGUGGCGCUGGGCGUCAGCAUGGCCAAGGCCUCGCUGCCCAUGAAGGACGCGGCGAAGAUGGCCGUGACGGUGAGCCUGAUGAUCCCCCUGGGCAUUAGCAUCGGGAUGGGGAUCGAGAGCGCCCAGAGCGCCGCCAGCAACAUCGCCUCGCUGCUCCUGCAAGGCGUCGCGGGGGGAACUUUCCUCUUCAUCACCUUCUUUGAGAUCCUGGCCAAGGAGCUGGAGGACAAGAACGAUCGCCUGCUGAAGGUCCUCUUCCUGGUGCUGGGCUACGCCGCGCUGGCGGGGCUGGUCUUCUUCAAGUGGUGAGGACGGGAGCGGUGGGGAGCCAACCUCACCUCCUGCCCCUUGCGGCCGGCCCCGAGACGAGCCUGCCGUCAGCCAAGGGAGGACGCUGGAGCUUGGCAGCCACAUGAAACAUCCCGGCCCAGGAGGUGUUUCGGCACUGACCCGAAGGAGGAGGAUUUUCUCCUCUGCGCUCGGAGGGAGAGGAAAACGAGGAGCGUCCCAGCGUAGGUGUCACGAGGCGCCGUCCCUGCCCCUCGGGUCUGCGGGUGCAGCAGCCUGUGCAGAGGUUACUGGAAACAAACACUGCGAGGCUGGUUCUGAGGCUGCCUUCCCAGAGCUCGUCAGGCACGUCGUUUCCUGUUGAUCUGCACAGCCGGCCCCCUUCCUCCCUCCCCUCACACCCCUUGCAAAAACUCCGGCCGAGCCUCGGCUUCCUUCACACCCAGGCUCUGAGGAGGUGAGAAACCGUAACCGAAAUAAAGUCAGCGGCAGGUGGGAUCGCGGCUCGCACAGCUGCGCUAAGCUGCUUUUGCUAGCUUGGUUUUGAGCAAAACCUGGUUGUAAUAGCUGCCAAAAAUAACAUCCCUUCUGGGGCUGCUCGGUAUGACUGUUGCCACAGCUCCCGCUGAGCCGAGCUUCCAUUUUAACCCACAAAUGGCUCCGGGAGCUUUUCUUUCUCAGAGUGAUUAACGGCAGAAACGAGGCUGGGCCGUGCCCCAUCCCGUGCUUCGUUCUCCUCGCCUCAUCCGUGUGUUGCGCGUUCCCUGAAGAAAACCUGCGGCCGUGUCAGUGCAUCGUUGGAGAGUUCUCACGUCCGUACCUGAAGCCCGGGAUCCGUUAGCGCGUAAGAAAUGGGCGGCAGCAAUUUCCAGCAUUAAUAUUUCAGGGCAAGCGCUCGCGUUUGAAUCGUCUGCAGUGAAAUGGGUCGAGCGGCCUCCACCAGGCGCAGCUGCAGGGCUGCUCCCCGGCCUCAGCCCCGGCUGGCAGCGGGCUCCUGCACCUGGGCGACGCGCGAGCCGCGUUACGGCGACCGUGCGGGGCGCUCUGCCGGUGUUUUCAAAGGAGAAGAGGAGAAAUCUCUUCCCCCCCCCCCCCCCCGGGGUUUGUGAGCCGCAGGGCUGAUUAAGGCAGUCGCUAUCUGACUGCGCGCAAGCCGAUCUCGCUGCGCCUCCGAGGCGCGCGUCCCCGGGGGAGCUCGGCGUGCCUGGAUCCCGCGGCGAUCCCUCGUGUUCGGGAGCUCGGAUCAGAGGCUGGCAGCAAGAGCGUGCCCCCUCCGCUCCCCACCCCCCCCGGCCGCGCUGCUCCUCCUCGCAGGAGAUGCAUUUUAAUUAGACGCGGCCAUCGCUCCUGCCGCAGCUCCCCCAGGCAGAGCAGAGCUUGUGCAGGCGCUGAUGGAAUUAUAACGACGUUAUAGAGCCGGCCGAGCUGCGGCGCAGCCCCUGCUACAACCGAGGCGAGCAGCGAGGAGAGGAGCGGGGAGGCUGUGAAACGGCAUCUUGGAGCAGUGGUUGGCACAGCUGCAGCAUAUGGAAGCUGAUGGGGAUCGUCUGACAGGGCCUGGUGCUCGGCCUUUUAAUUGCUGCAACGUACCAAAGUCAAUUAAUCUUGCUUUGAAAAACCUGGAGCGGGAAGGGGGGGGGGGGGGGGUGGUUUAUUUGGGGCCUCCGAUGACACAAAUUAGCAGGGCCUGACGAGAAUGUAAUUUGCCUCGACGUGGUGAACCUGUGUGUGUUAUUUCACCUCCCCCAGCAGCCCGGGGCGGGCGUGCGGGGCCUGCUGCUUUCUGCUGCUCACCGACCGCCGCUCGUCCCGGGCAGGUGGGAUGCUGGAUCCUUUUUUUCUGCCUCCAUCUCCCGUGUCGUUUUGUUUUCGCAGCUACUGGCUCUAUUUGUAGGGGUCCUUCCCCCAGCUGGGGGGGCGGAGGGGUCUCACAGAGCAUCACCGCCGCCCCCCAUGGCAGGUGGGGCGGCUGUGGGCAGUUUGGUGGGGGGGGGGGGGACGCGCUGGAUCCCCGGUUUUCCACCUUUUUUUGUCCCGAUGGGGUGUGGGAGCAGGCAGCAGGGAGCAGCCUGGCCGGGGGCCACACGGCUGGGGGGGGGGUCCCUGGCACCAGGGGGGGCUUUGCCUGUCACUGACAGCCGGCUCCUGCCUUUGGAGGAGGAAGAAACCUGAUGUGCUGCUCCCAAUAAACACCCUGCCCUUCUC